AUGCCCAAGAGCCCCAGCAACGGCCUGAGGGCAUUUAGGCGCUUCACCGGCGCCAAGUCGGAUGCGCCGCCGGUCCCCCCGCUGCCACCGAUCCCGGAGUCUCUGAAGCCCGGCGUGAGCAAGGGCCUGGCCAAGCUGCUCGAGAGGCGGAAACUCCGCAUGGAGCAGAUCGACUCUGAAGCGUCGGCAGGCACCCCGAUGCCGUCUGCGAAGAAGAAUGCCACUCUGUCCGCAUCGUUCGGCCGGAGCGGCGGCCGACCGGCGCUCACAACCAAAUACUCCAACCCGGAACUACGUGUUCCAAAGUCAAGAGCAUCUCACAACACGUCUUCGUCGGGCAGUUCGGGCCGCCUCACACCGACUUCGUCCAGGAGCCCUUCCUACCCGGCGAGCCAGAACGUACACGAGCAGAUUGAGACCUACGACAGAGUCGACAAGUUCCCCGCCAGCUUUGCCCUGGCGGCCCCCCGAAUAUCACCCAUGGAGUACACCCGCACGUAUCUCCUUGAAAAGGCCGCCGCGGAGCGCGAGGGCCGCGAGUGCCAGCUCCCAGCACCAGAGCAGAACUGGCACUGGACCCCAAACUGGGAAAGCUUCCUCAUAGUUCCCUCCAUCCCGAAGAAUAUCAACCGCGAAGCAGCAGCCCAGCCGCAGGUCGCCGACCCCGAGGAGCAGGAUGGCUCGGAUGCCGAGUCCGCAACGACAGUCAAGAUGGACAACAACAACAACAAGCCUUCAUCGGCGCCUUGCCCGAGACUGUCGCUGAACCUAGGCGGCAUGACCGCCCUGUUUCCUUCGGUCAUGAACCUUGCGCGUUUGGGUAUGGAUGAUGGCCAGGACGGCCCGCUGCCUGGCAGAAGCGAAGCAAGCCCACAGAGGCCGAUGCGCAAGAGCCGCAGCUCCUCCCUCCUCCAACAUAGCGUGCUAACGCGGAUUACAGAAGAAACAUCGGACGAUGACGAGCCGGAACGCAGUCUGCUUAGGAUGCGAUCGCGCUCCACCGAGAGUCUGGCUCGCCCUGAACCCCAGGUCGGCUCACAUGGCUAUCUGGUGGGCGCGAGUACCGGACUCACAUCUGAACCGGAGCAAGAUUUGGGCUCCUACGGCCAGGCUGUGCCCUAUGACCACGCUGGGACAAUGGCUUGGCUCAACCGUGCCGAAGUGUCGUCCGUCUACUCGGCCGAAAGCGCCGACACCGCCGUCCGAGUUGGCAGUGCCGGGCCGAGCACGCCCAAGGCCGCUCAAGCACACACACCCACAUCGUCGUCGCCAACGGUGGCAUCGGACGUCCGACGACACAACGCCACACCGCUCUCGCCCUCCCACUCUGCUGUGCUACUGUCUCCGGCGUCGGCAAGGCCCGUGGUCGAGUACAGUCCCGCGUCCCUGGCGCCGUCGUGGCACGGGGUCGCAUCUCCGGCGUCUUCUAGCCCCCGAAACGUCAACAAGGGCAAGGCUUUAGCAGGCGCGGGAGAUGGGACCGAUCCAACGCAGCACGAUCCCCGCCUUCUCCUUGACAGAGCCAACUCGGAGCAGUCGGUGCCCCGGCAGAAGAAGUCGGAGCAGCCCAAGUCGGUCCUUGACGACAGCAUCGAUCGGUCUGACCGGGCCACUGCCACCUCGGAGGCCAACCUCCACCCAGCGCCGCUCAAGGUCAGGAAACAACGCUCUCCGCCGGGCAAGGAAUGGGACGCAGAGCGCUGCUCCAUCAUGUGGCAGGGCCUCUCCGACGAAAUAGGCCAGAGGCUUGCAGAGUUUAGAAAGUUUGCAGAUUCCGACACGGCCCGGGACAGUCGAGCACAGAGCGCUUCGCAGAACCCGCCCGGCGCGACGACUACGCCGACAAAGCAGCAACGUGCAGCGUCGGCGGUCGUGUCACCAUCGUCGUCCGAGUUCACUCUCGACUCGGCCUGGAUUCCAUCGUUGACGAUUCCAAGGAGCGAGAGUCAUUCUGGGUUCACGCCGAGCCGUCCCAAGUCUGACAACAACAAACGGCACUCAGUGCUGCCGGACUCGCCCACGUUACCGGCACAGGACGUGUGUGGUCACGGAUACGGGACGCCACCAGCAUCUCUCGCUAUGCGCCGGCGGCAGGAAAAAAGACAACAGUUGAUGUCGCCAAGACAACAGCCCCAGCCGGAGCAUGGAGCGCCUCGCGAGACGAACAGAAGCGUCUCAUCCCCUGCUCCUGGGGCAAAGACCGCCCGAGACAGCGGCCCGCACAGUGGCCCUCCAGCGACAGCAAAGACACUCUCCUCCAAAGACAGCAGCUUCGCUCUGAACGAGUCCAAGGUUGCAGGCUCCGUCACGAUGCUGCCACGGCUCAGGAGUUCAACGCCUGGGAGCAGCAAGUCGAGUGGCAGUCAGAUCCCCGUGCCAGUCUCCCCUGCGACCCAGUUCGCGCAGUCGCCUGUCCAUCUGAUCAAGCGCAGGCCAGCUGCGCUCACUGCCAUGACACCGCUCGCCUUCCAGCGAUUUGAUACCGCCGCCCGUCUCGCCACAGUAGCGGAGAAGUCCACUGGCAGAAGAACAUCAUCUUCCUCGGCUGAGAAGGAGACUCGCACACUCCGAGGUCCCUCGUCACUCAGCAACCUCCUGCGCAAGUAUAGUCGCUCGAGGGUAAAUGACAAUGAGGCGGAUGGCAGCUAUGCCGCGCUUCAGGGGCAGUCGGGCAGGGGUGCCGGACUAAGAGCAGCAUCUGGUGUGCUCAGAGCAGAUGAGCAGCCACGGCGUCUUCGAAAGACUUCAAGCGAGGGACGCGCUCUCAAAGAGAAGAAGGAGCAGAUCAACGAGCCUCAAGAUGGGCUCAUGACGAGCUCCGAGAGGCUGAUGGGCCUCCAAAGCUUCAUCGACAGACAGUCACCGUCCAGGCUACCCUCGCCAUCGCCAGCCGCCGCCAUGUCGUCGGCCGACAACGAGCUGAAGCACCCCGCCGAGUCGCAAGCCUCGAGAGCCAAGCAGUCUCUUGGCCGCCACGUCGAUUCCAGGCCCAGCCGAAAACUUCAAAAGCCGAGCAAAGAGAAUCUGCGGCUCGCUCGCGUGUCUAGCGGACGACUGUAG